AUGGCGCUUCCCGUACAACAGACUGAAGAGCAGAGACUCUACCAGCAAACGUUGCUUCAAGAUGGUCUCAAGGAUAUGCUGGACAACAACAAGUUCAUAGACUGCAUCUUGAGGAUAAAGGGAAAGGAAUUUCCAUGCCACCGGCUGGUCCUGGCAGCUUGCAGCCCUUACUUCCGAGCCAUGUUCCUUUCAGACUUAGAAGAGAGUAGGAAAAAGGAAAUUGACCUUGAAGACGUAGAUCCCGAUGUGAUGGGGAAGAUUCUUCAUUACAUCUACACUUCUGAGAUCGAGAUUACGGAGAAGAAUGUUCAGGAUAUCUUCUCUGUGGCCAAUAUGUUCCAGAUCCCUUCCAUAUUCACAGUGUGCGUCUCUUUCCUCCAGAAGAAGCUGUGUCUUAGUAACUGCCUGGCAAUCUUCCGGUUGGGUCUCAUGUUGGAUUGUCCUCGCCUGGCCGUCUCCGCUAGGGAUUUCCUAUGCGAUCGUUUCAAUCUGAUCACCAGAGACGAGGAGUUCCACCAACUCUCCCCUGAUGAACUCAUUGCCAUUAUAUCCAGCGACAACUUGAACGUUGAGAAGGAAGAGGACGUCUUUAAAGUUGUCAUGGACUGGGCGGCCAAGGAGAAAGAAACCCGCGUCAAGACUCUGCCGGUUGUCUUUGAAAGUAUUCGCUUCCGUCUUAUACCUGAGGACUACAUCAAGGACAAAGUAGAGAAGCACGAGUUGGUUAAAUCUAGUCCUGAAAUAUUGAAGAAGCUACAAAUGGUCAAGGAGGCCCAUGUGGGCAAACUACCAGUGGUCAAAAGGAAAACCACCAAAAAAUCAGAACAAGACAAAGAUGGAGAGAAGGUAGUCAAUGGAAAUGUUGAGGAAGAAGAAGAUGAAGAUGCCCUGCCCGGAAUUCUGAACGAUACAUUGAGAUUUGGAAUGUUCUUGAAGGACCUGAUCAUUAUGAUAAGUGACACCGGGGCAGUUGCUUACGAUCCAAGUGCCAACGAGUGCUUCUUUGCUUCUCUUUCAGCUCAGAUCCCCAAAAAUCACAUCAGUUUGGUUACAAAGGAGAACCAGAUCUUUGUGGCCGGUGGACUUUAUUACAAUGAGGAGAGCAAAGAGGAUCCCCUGAGCUCAUACUUCUUACAGUUUGAUCACAUGGAGUCGGAUUGGCUAGGAAUGCCGCCAGUCCCAUCAGCUCGGUGUCUCUUUGGCCUUGGAGAGUCUGAAAAUUCCAUCUACCUGAUUGGAGGGAAAGAGCUGAAGGAAGGAGAACAGUCACUGGAUUCGGUUUUGUGUUAUGACCGACCGUCAUUUAAAUGGGGGGAGUCUGACCCAUUACCCUACCAAGUGUACGGCCACGCUGUGGUUUCACAUGAAAACCUGGUUUAUGUCAUUGGAGGGAAAGGCGCCGACAAAAAAUGCCUGAACCGUUUGUGCGUUUACAACCCCAAGAAGUUUGAGUGGAAGGAUUUGGCCCCUAUGAAGACGGCCCGCUCACUUUUUGGGGCCACACUCCACAAUGGGAAAAUCUAUAUUGCAGCCGGAGUGACGGACACCGGCCUGACCAGCACCAUGGAGGUCUAUGACACCAAGACUAACAAAUGGGAAGAUUUUACAGAGUUCCCACAAGAACGCAGCUCGCUCAGCCUUGUCAGCAUGGACGGAACAUUGUACGCCAUCGGGGGGUUCGCUACAGUGGAGAAUGAAAAUGAAGAACUGGUGCCGACAGAGCUGAACGAUAUAUGGAGAUACAAUGAGGAUGAGAAGAAGUGGGAAGGAAUUCUCCGGGAGAUUCGCUAUGCCUCUGGAGCGACGUUCCUGGCCGCCCGCCUUAACAUUCUCCGACUAACAAAGAUGUGAAUCCGCGACUAGGCCGUACGCUGCGAUGUAACGUUAUACAUGAAGGGGCACGAAGAGACAAAGGAAGAAGGUUUAACCAAUGGAGGAACGAAAGUGAAGAACAGGGACAUUUAAAGUGACAGAAGGACUAUAUAAGAGCGGAUACGGAUCGGAAUGUUCUAGAUCAGUGUUUCCCAACCGGUGCGCCUCCAGCUGUUGCAAAACGUAAUUUUGCAACAGCUGGAGGCACAUUGGUUCUGAAACACUGUUCUAGCUUACCAAGAUGGAACCCCAGGACAAUAAGCAAUCCCUUUUUUUUUUUUGCCGCUGUUUUUAACGUAUAUAACAUUUCUACUAAAUAAUAAUAAUAAAUUUGUGCAGUUUUUCUAAUACCAGUUGUU